UCUGAACCUUUGUUUCCUCUGGUAACUGGUGGAGAGGGAGACAUAACGUGGCAGAAGGAUGGGGAAAGAUAUUGAAGUUGAAGAGAAGGUUUCUACGGUGGAUGUGACCUCCUCUAAAUUACAUAAGAAGGCCACGAUGCAAGAUGCGGGGCAAGUACACCUGUCGAUGUGACUUUGACAGCGGACAUCAAGAUGAAGUUCAGAAAAUGCUCUACACUUACGAGGGUCCUUCUUUUGGAGGCACCUCUACUUACCAUGAGUUUCUGGAGGGCACAGAUGGCGUGGUGCCGUGCCAGGUGACAGGACAGCCAGCCGUUGAUGUUCACUGGUUCAGAGACAGACAAGAAAUUUCAACCAAUGCCGGAAGGCGUGUGCGUCAUCUUCCUGAUAACACAUUCCUUAUUCAAGGUGUGAGAAGAGAAGAUGCUGGGACUUACACGUGUCGUGCCGAAAUCAGGGGAAGGCCAAUCGUCAAGCAACUAGCAAUCUCUGUUGUUGUCAAUGCUCAUCCUACUGUGCAUCUGAGAGAGAGGUGAAAAAAGUGAAACCAGAAACCAACAUUACCUUUCUGUGUUUAGUAGCCGGCCAUCCACAACCCAACAUGACCUGGACCAUGUAUGUCUCGACUUGUGGCGAGAAAAAAAAAAACAGAACGAGAAUAUAUUAAAAAUAAAUGUAUAUAUGCUUCCACAUUUUAUUUGCUUCAUCCCUUGAUAACAAGUGAUUUUUGGUCAUUUUCUCAAGAUCUCAGCUUAUUAAUCUUUUUAUUUGUGGAUAAUAACGCUGGUUCCCCCAUGAUAAGAGAUAGAUUUAUCUCAUUGUCCUGAGGUAAUGAAGCUUUUUUUUUCUGAUAAUGGGAGAAGAUAGAAAAUAGAUGGUCAAAAUAGAAAACAAAACAAUAGGCUGGAAAAUACAUAGGACCAGUACAUAACGAUGUAAUAUAACACAUGAAUGGCUUAAUGGAAUCUACCAAUAUAAUAUGUAUAUAUGUGUGUGUGUGUGUGUGUGUGUGUGUGUGUGUGUGUGUGUGUGUGUGUGUGUGUGUGUGUGUGUGUGUGUGUGUGUGUGUGUGUGUGUGUGUAUAUAUAUAUAUAUAUAUUGCAUUGGUUUUCCAAUAUGUGCCAGUAUGUUUUGUUUUCUAAAGCAAUACAUGUAGACACAAUGCCCAGGAGUGAUACUGAGUUGUUUUCAUCACAUAGUUUAAGUGAACUCUGACUUCACUCCUUUACAAUGUCUGCA